UGUCAUUCAUGUAGAAUUGGUAUACUUCCGCCCACCAUUUUGUAUGCUACGCCAUUAGUUUCGUAGUAGCUAGCAUUACUUCAUCGCGGAAGCAUACGGUCGGUAUUAAAAAAAUAACCCCUGAGAGCAAAACAAGACAGGGGUAAUAACGCUGUAACACGCCUACACGGAAGUCCGACUUGGUUGUUAACAAUUUAGUUACGCGUUAACAGCUGACUGAGUGGUCAUCAGCUGUAGCCAAGAGGCAAAACAGCUAGCAUUUGGUCAAACUUGGGUAGCUAGAACUGGGCACGCAAAUUGCAGUCGCGUCGUUAAUUGCUAGCUAACCAAGCGUAUAUUUAUAAUGUCCGAUGAACAGUUUUUAGCCGAGGAUCUCUCCAUGAGUGUGGAUGAGGGCGAGUGCAUGGCUGUCAGCAACCAGGGCGAGGAAGAGUUAGCAGGCACCGAGGAAGACGAGGGGGCAGCAGCAGCAGCAGCUGGAGAACCACAGACGGGUGGCGCAGAAACCGAGGGAUCCAAGAUCGACGCCAGUAAAAAUGAGGAAGAUGAAGGGAAGAUGUUUGUCGGUGGACUGAGUUGGGACACCACGAAGAAAGACUUGAAAGAUUACUUCUCCAAGUUUGGAGAGGUGGUUGACUGCACUCUGAAGCUGGAUCCGAUGACUGGCAGGUCCAGGGGAUUCGGUUUUGUAUUAUUCAAAGACGUGGAAAGUGUUGACAAGGUCACUACGCAGAAAGAACAUAAAUUAAAUGGAAAAGUAAUUGACCCCAAGAGGGCCAAGGCCAUGAAAAGCAAAGAGCCGGUGAAGAAAAUAUUUGUAGGGGGUCUGUCACCUGACACACCAGAGGACAAGAUCAAGGAAUACUUUGAUGGAUUCGGAGAGGUGGAGUCUAUUGAACUACCAAUGGAGAACAAGACUAAGAAGAGGAGAGGCUUCUGCUUCAUCACGUUCAAAGAGGAAGAACCAGUCAAGAAGAUAAUGGAAAAGAAGUUUCAUAAUAUAGGCUUGAGCAAGUGUGAGGUCAAGGUGGCCAUGUCUAAGGAGCAGUACCAGCAGCAGCAGCAGUGGGGAGGUCGAGGCGGCUACUCUGGACGAUCUCGAGGGAGAGGUGGAGGUCCAAAUCAAAACUGGAACCAAGGAUACGGCAAUUACUGGAACCAGGGCUACGGCAACUAUGGCAACUACGGCAACUAUGGCUAUAACAACCAAGGCUACGGAGGAUACGGCGGCUACGAUUACUCUGGUUACAACAACUACUACGGCGGCUAUGGUGACUACAAUAAUCAGCAGAGUGGCUAUGGUAAAUCUCCAAGACGUGGAGGCCACCAAAACAACUACAAGCCAUACUAAAGUGCACAGUUGCCACGGAAUGUCUAAAGCGGGAACUUCAUUGCAGGCCAUGAGCUGACCUUCCCGAUUCUCUCAGGCCCGCUCAAAGCGGACAGGGUACGAGAGGCGUACGGUACGCUCUCGAACGCUUCCCAUUUGGUAUGGUCUUCCAACAUCCUGUAUACCAAUAGCCAACAAAACAAAAACAAAACAAAAGACAACACAUGUAAUAAAGUGGAACCCUUCCAGCCUUUUAUCCUCUUUCAUUUUCUUAUUUUUUCUCCUGUUUAAAUUUUUUUUCUAUGGAAUCCCAUUUUCAUUUAAUACGAUACAUACAGUAUAUAAUGUAAUUUUAAUGCCAAUUUUUUUCAGGCACUUCAAGUAAUCGUUAAAUAUCAACACCAAACUGAAAGAAUAACUACUUACUUUUCAAAGGAUACGGCUUUCUCUGGACUUUUUUUAUUUACAGUGUGAUUCUGUAAUACCAUUGCAUUGCUAAUCUUACCUGUAAUGCUUGCUUUUCCUUAUUUGUAGCUGUGCUAGCCUUAAUAGCCUGGUAGUCCAUGAGCUAAAACCUACUUGGAUGCCACCGCGUCGACAAAGUGCUAUACUAUUUCUUACCUGUACUGUGUGAUGUUAAUACUGACAGUGGUGGGAAAGUUUUGUCUUUUAAAAGUAUUUCUUCUAACAAAAACUCUCUUUUUUAACCUUUUGAAAAACUCCACAAAGUUAUCAAAUGUUGAGAGAACAUUUGUAUGUAAUGCUGUUGUAAUGCUGUAUUUUUUAACCAAUGGAAAGCUUGACUUUCUUUGACAUUUGGGCUUUGUCUUACUUCCACAAAUAGUUGCACUUCAAGGUUUAUAGCUAAUGGACUUAAUGUUUUUGUUCAUAAUUGUAACUGUUAACUGUAAACUAUUGUACAUUGAUUGAUUUAAUGUUUUUCUCCAUAAUGGAACCGUAAAGAAUGGAAUUCCUUUGACAUUAUUUGAGGGACUAGCCGUUUCCCCCCCUCCACUGUUCACCUCUAACUGUUGGGGUUUGUCUUUUUCAGGUCCAGGACGAUGGGAGAGCUCAGAGAGAUGAAGUGACAGUGUGUCCAGAGUUGUGUGGUAUGAUGGAACAGUCAUGAAAGGACAGAAAGUCUUUACAAACCCCAACUUUCGCUCUUAAGCAGUAUUUUUUUUUUUGUCGCGGAUCCACAAGUUACCUGUCUUGUUUUUCGUAACAUGCCACUGCGAUAAUCAUCUUACUUUAAAAAAAGGAAAAACAACUUUUCAUGUCUUCAGAACUUACUUAGAUACUUAUUGUGCCGUAAUCAUGUGUUUCUGAUUCUACUUAACAUAUUUAUGAUUAACAAUAACUACAUUCUUGGUUCAGAGCGUGUACUUUUUUUUAUUUAUCCAAAGCUUUUAGUGCAGUUUUUAGUCUUUACCUUUUCGAUAUUUGACACAAGUGAAAACAAUCAUGACAUAGUGUUGUUCUUGAAAAGAGACAACAACUCUACAUUCAAUAAACAAAAAGUAUUUACUA